ACAAACAAAAACAUUAAUAAAAAACACAUUUCUUAGUUAAAAAAUAAAAAAAACUUUGGAUCUCUGUAUCUACAAGAACAAGAAGAAGAAGAAGAACAAGUGUAAAUUUCCUUGCAGAUCUCUCUCUACAUUUCUUCAAGUUGCGAAAGCUAAUAUGGCGACAAUCGACGAGCCUUUGUACCCGAUUGCUGUGCUUAUUGAUGAGCUAAAAAAUGAGGACAUUCAGCUCCGUUUAAAUUCGAUUAGAAGGCUUUCUACUAUUGCGCGUGCGCUUGGGGAGGAGAGGACGCGGAAGGAGUUGAUUCCUUUCUUAAGUGAGAAUAAUGACGAUGAUGAUGAAGUGCUUCUUGCAAUGGCGGAAGAGUUAGGGGUAUUUAUUCCUUAUGUUGGCGGUGUGGAACAUGCCAAUGUUUUGCUUCCGCCGUUGGAGACUUUGUGUACUGUUGAGGAAACUUGUGUGAGGGACAAAGCAGUGGAGUCCUUGUGCAGAAUUGGGGCGCAGAUGAGGGAGCAGGACUUGGUCGAGUAUUUUAUACCGCUGGUGAAGAGACUGGCUGCUGGUGAAUGGUUUACUGCUAGAGUUUCGUCAUGCGGCCUGUUUCAUAUUGCAUAUCCAAGUGCUCCUGAGACAGUAAAAUCUGAACUACGCACAAUAUACAGUCAACUAUGCCAAGAUGACAUGCCUAUGGUUCGGAGAUCUGCUGCAACAAACCUAGGAAAAUUUGCUGCAACUGUUGAGCCUGCCCAUUUGAAGGCUGACAUCAUGUCCAUAUUUGAGGAUUUGACACAAGAUGAUCAAGAUUCCGUUCGAUUAUUGGCUGUUGAGGGCUGUGCAGCACUUGGAAAGCUGUUGGAACCCCAAGAUUGCGUAGCACAUAUUCUCCCUGUCAUUGUCAAUUUCUCUCAGGACAAGUCUUGGCGUGUCCGUUACAUGGUUGCAAACCAAUUAUAUGAGCUAUGUGAAGCUGUUGGUCCUGAGCCUACCAGGUCGGAUCUUGUUCCCGCAUAUGUUCGACUACUUUGUGAUAAUGAAGCUGAAGUACGUAUAGCAGCUGCCGGUAAAGUGACUAAGUUUUGCCGAAUCUUGAAUCCAGAACUAGCAAUUCAGCGGAUUCUUCCUUGCGUGAAGGAAUUGUCUACAGAUUCGUCUCAACAUGUCCGUUCAGCUUUGGCUUCUGUUAUAAUGGGAAUGGCACCAGUUUUGGGGAAGGAUGCAACAAUAGAGCAGCUACUGCCCAUUUUUCUCUCUCUUUUGAAAGAUGAAUUUCCUGACGUCCGCCUGAAUAUUAUUAGCAAGCUUGAUCAAGUCAAUCAGGUGAUUGGUAUUGAUUUGUUAUCCCAGUCCCUGUUGCCAGCAAUUGUAGAGCUUGCAGAGGAUAGACACUGGAGGGUCCGACUUGCAAUAAUAGAAUACAUACCUUUAUUGGCUAGCCAAUUGGGUGUAGGAUUUUUUGAUGAUAAGCUUGGUGCUUUGUGCAUGCAAUGGUUGAAAGAUAAGGUUUACUCAAUUCGCGAUGCAGCUGCUAACAAUGUGAAGCGCCUUGCAGAAGAAUUCGGGCCAGAUUGGGCAAUGCAGCACAUAGUUCCUCAGGUAUUGGACAUGAUCAACAACCCACAUUAUCUGUAUCGAAUGACCAUUCUGCAUGCAGUUUCGCUGCUCGCCCCUGUUAUGGGAUCAGAAAUUACUUGUUCCACACUUCUUCCUGUUGUAGUCACCGCUUCAAAAGAUAGGGUACCCAACAUCAAAUUCAAUGUGGCUAAGGUGUUGCAGUCACUUAUUCCCAUAGUUGAUCAAUCUGUGGUGGAGAAGACAAUUCGACCAUGUCUGGUUGAGCUAAGCGAGGACCCAGAUGUUGAUGUUAGAUUUUUUGCUACCCAAGCACUACAAUCAAGUGAUCAGGUUAUGAUGUCUAGUUAGAUUCAUUCUCUAUUGUAAUUAGGAAUUCUUUUCCUUCGCUGUUUUCCCCCCGCUUUUAUUCAGUUAAAUCAUUUUACUGAUACCUGUAAUACCCUACAGAAGUUCCUAAUUUUCUUCCUCCUGAACGAUUUCUUGUUAUGCAAGAUAGUUUUUAUUUUUAUCGCA